GAACUCUAUGAAAUAUAUUUUGGAACAUGGACUUUUCUGCUUAUUACAAUACAAGAGAGAAAAAACAAGAAACUAAGAAACUCUAUUGCUUAAAGGCAAAGUCUGCAAGACCUAUUUGCUAUUGAAGCAAAUAUGGACCAUAGGAGUCAACUUCUAUAAAGAGAGACCACCUGAAGAAGCAUAUGUAAACUCAACUUAGCAGAGUAGAUUAGUUGUGGUUUUAUAACGUCACAUUUGUUGGGUGAUGAACUUGUAAUCACAUUACUUCUCAUCCUAACCCAAGUCUCAGGCUAUGCUACAGCUCAUUCUGUCACUAUAAUCUUCAUUCCACAAAAUAUUGUAUAUGAUAUUGAGUGAACAUUGAAAUAAACAAUGUAGCCUUCCUGUGAAUGCUAUUCAUGGGCUUUGGAUGAGAUAGUAGUUGUUUGUAAGCAGCUGUAAUUGUCUUGACUGCUGUCAAGCGAGAGAAAGUUGCUGCCGGUGAGCAUGUUGGCCAGACUACCAAAGAGAUAAGAGGAGUAUGUGAAGUAGUGUCUUCUUCAAUAGACACUGUCUUCCUUCUAGGAAAUGUAGUAUCCAUCACUAUUCACUGACUUGACUGUGUGGUGAGUCAGUGGUAAGUUAGAGACCAGGGACAAUUCAGGGUCGGUCUGCUACACCCAUACUCCAUACCACUUAGUAUGAGGUGCUAUCCUCCACUAAACGUGAGAUAAUAUGGCAAACUUCACAAGUCUGGGAGCCUGAUUUGUUAGCGAAAAGCAUCAGCAAGUGGAUAGAAAUGUACUAAUAAUUGACAUUUCAAAUGUGCUGUGAAUAAUGCUACCCUUAGGGAAAUGGGAGGAAGUGAUGUGAAGGAUUGGCAUGUGCACUCAUAAUGUGUGCCUCAUGGGGGCCUCUUCCAACAUGUUGGAGGAGCUGAUCGUGAAGGCACUGAGAGAACAGGAUGUGGCCAGUGCUGGUUUUCUGCAGAUUGUUGCACGACAAAUUAGCUCUCUGGCCUGAGCUCCUAGGUCAUACUUGGCUCAUUCCAGCGACUGGCAGAGAAGGUGGAGAAGACCAGGAUUGCUCAUGGAGUUUGGAUGACGCUCAUAAUCUGUACCAUUGUCCUCAGAACUGACUAUGUCUCCCUGGUUCUUAGUUAAUAGGAGACUUAAACCAUAAUCUUAUAGGGUUGAGAAAUGUAGCAAGUCCCUAAACAGGUCAGGUGCGCACGAUGCAACAGAGACUGCUACUCUGUUAGCUGACUGCUUGUGUGGUACACAGAAGGAUUUUUCUGGUAUGGUGACUCUCCAUGCUGUCCAGAUAAUGAUAGCUGAGGGAAACCCCAACAUAUUUCUGUAAGACUCAAAGAUGUCACUGCUACAGAUGAGACAAUUAAAAUCCUAGUGAUCAACUGGUGAAGUAUUCAUGACAAAGUCCUAGAUUUUGAAGCAGUAAUAUAAAGUAAUGGAGCUCCCAUAAUACUAAUUACAAAAAACCUUUGAAAACAAAAAGUUGGACAGCAGUGAGAUUUAUGGGGUCAACACAAAUGUCCUAUUCCACCUGUCUCCUUUGACCCAUGGCGUAAUGGUGGUAUGAUGUGUGAUGUAACUACAGCGUGGUGUUUUUGAUUUAGUUGUGUUUGUGGGUGUUGUGUUGUAUUUGAUGGUACUCUCUGGUGGUAGAUGUGGACAUGCUGAGUUUAACAUGUGGUAUGGGGUUCAUUUGAGUUUUUGUUGUCAUCAUGCUAAUGUGCUUUUGAGUAUUGGUAGUUGGUGCGGAACGCGCAUAUGUGUUCGUGGGGGGAGGGGGGUUGCUCUUGCGUGUGUGGUGGCCAACCUACAUGGUAUUGCUGGAGGCUUUUCUUGAAAAUGGCAACGCCAGAAUGUGGAAGUUCUGGUGGUGGCACGACUUUCGUCAAACAAGAGCUAGUGGAGGCUGAACCAGUUGCAUCUCCAGACCAGGAGUUCGAGUAUGUAUCUGUUAAGGAAGAAGCUCCGGUGGGGGCUGACCCACGUGGUGUUCCGGACGGAGAGAUUGAGUACAUAUCUGUUAAAGAAGAAACUUCGUGUCUGCAGGAGUGGGAGGUGCCAGAUGGCCACGAUAGUACACAGGAUCCACUAAGCAUAACUAAAGAGGCAUCUUCAUCUUCUGAAGAUUUUUCUGCACCUAGCCCAUAUGAUACUGAGAAGGUGGAGGACAAGGAAGAUGAGAAGGCCUUGAGUGAGGACAACUUAGAGGUGCUUGGACAUGAAGUGGAAUCAGCAAGCAGUGACAGUGAACCGGGAAGUACUUUCCCCAUUGUCAUAGAGGACAAGAAAAGUAAUGAAGACAGUGGUGAUUUGGUGACCAAUACUCCACUGGCUGCAGAAGCAAGCAACAGGAUACAAUGCACCACCAAGCAGGAAGCAUCCUUUGGGAAUGAGAUCAGUACAAGGCGUCUGGGGCACAGAUGUGACAUCUGCAGAAAAAAAUUUGCACAGUUGCAGGACCUGGAGGAGCACAUGCGCAAGGAGAGAUGUGAACCCCGUCAUUCAUGCAGUGUGUGUCACAAAGCAUUCACAAGUAGUAGAUGUUUGAGAGAACACUUUCGCCUGCACACUGGUGAACGCCCAUACACCUGUGGUGUUUGCAACAAGACAUUCAUACAAAGCGUUCACCUGAAGCGGCAUCUGCAGUUCCACACUGAUGAACGUCCGUACAUCUGUGGCGUUUGCAACAGAACAUUCAGAUGCAAGAGUCACUUGAAGCAGCAUUCUCUGUUGCACACUGGUGAAAAUCCAUACGUCUGUGGCAUUUGCAACAAGGCCUUCAAGCAAAAUAGUGAACUGAAAAAUCAUUCACUCAAGCACACUGGCGAACGCCCAUACACCUGUGACGUUUGCAAUAAGACAUUCAUACAAAGCACUCACCUGAAGGAGCAUUUGCGGUUGCACACUGGCGAACGUUCGUACAUAUGUGACGUUUGUAAUAAGACAUUCAGAAACAAUAGUCACCUGAAGCGGCAUUCUCGCUUACACACUGGCGAUAAACCUUACGUCUGUGGUGUUUGCAACAAGGCAUUCACAGAUAGUAACUCACUGAAGGGGCAUUUGCCCCUACACACUGGCGAACGCCCGUACAUCUGUGUAGUUUGCAAUAAGACAUUUGCACGUAGCAGCACACUGAAGCGGCAUUCGAACCUACACACUGGCAAACGCCCCUACACCUGUAAAGUGUGCAACAAGACAUUUGCACAUAGCAGCACACUGAAGCGGCAUUCACACCUCCACACUGGUGAACGCCCCUACAUCUGUGGCGUUUGCAACAAGGCUUUCACACACAGUAGUGCACUGAAGCGGCAUUCACAGGUGCACACUGGCGAACACGUCUACAUCGAUGACCCUUUGCAACAAGACAUUCACACACCGUAGAGCACUGAAGUGGCAUUCACAUAUGCACAAUGGCUAACACCUGUAGGUCUUUGACAUUUGUAACAAAUAAUUCAAUAAAAAUAGCCAACUGAGGCGGCAUUUGGGGCUGCAUACUGCUAAUGCCCUUACAGCUGCGUGUCAUAAGAGAUUCAGAAGUACCAGCAAUGUGAGGUCACGCUCGUAGUUGCAAGCAGCAAUGUGAGGGCAUAUUUGCAAUUCCACAUUGAUGUAAAAACAUGGAUUUGCACCAUUUGUCAAAAGAAAUUCCAUGGAUGGGUACUUUGAGAAAACACCUAGUUCUUAUUAUGAGAAAAUGCCAAUGUGCUUCUGAUGUAUUUCCUCAUAGAUUUGCAGAUUAGAUAAACAGCGACCUUUUCAGACAGGACUUGUGAAACCUCUCUCAAAAUAAAUUUGUGAGUGCACAGAAUACUGCGUGUGAUGUUAUGGUGCCACAAGGAGUUGAUGAAUAGCAAUGGCUUAGAAAGCUCAUGAAAUUUUACAUCUAGUGCGAUUGAUAUGUCUAUUCGUCCUGUGGAGCCACGAGGAGCAGCGAUAAAGUUUGCAUUAUUACAUCUUGAAAAAACAUUACUUAAAUAAUGAUUCAGUUUUUUUGCAUGUAUGUAUUGUCUAUUCUGGUACACAUUGAUAUCACUGUUUCAGUAUGUAGCAGUACACCACUAGAGCAACCAAAACAGAAUGGAGCCACUCAUCCCCAUUUUAUCAAUAGAAUGAGCAAUUUUGUUGUUUGCUUCUCGGAAUCUAUGGUGAGAGAUACCAAUCAUACCAAACUUUUCUUUUUCUCUGACUGAAAAAUGUGGUGUUAACUAAUGUGAUCCAGUGACACAUGGCCACUUUUUUCCAUCGAUAGUUGCAGUAGUGUGUACUGGUUGUGAGGUGUUGUUUUAUCAUUGCAGCUCACUUUAUAUAUGAAAUUAGGUUUGAUGUAUGGAAUAAUAGUAAUUCUGAUUAGGUGGUAAAGAGAUUAAGAUGAAAAGGUUUUUACAGAACUGUACUAUUGCACAUUUUGUUUGGAAAGGAAAUUUAUUAUGGGUCACAAAGAGUGGUUCACAUUUAAUAUCCACAGCUUUCACUAUUUAGAUUAUUUUUUUAAAUAUUAAAUGCCACACAAGUUUCAUUGUCAGACAGGUCAAUAUCUUAAAAAAUUGUUACAAAAGAGUCUCUCUCUCUCUCUCUCUCUCUCUCUUUCUCUCUCUCUCUCUCUCUCUCUCUCU